AUGGAGAUUCGUUCGAGCGCACCGACGCAACGGGUGAAGCAACGCGGAGAGCUCGACGUGACCGAGGACGUCCCACAGCUGAAGAAGUGGGCUGCGCUCCAGAAGCGGGUCUGUGGCGCCUGUGGUUUGCGGGCCGCCCUGCUGUGUUGCCUGCUGCUCAUCUUCACGGCUGGGGUGCAGCAGCUGGUCCAUGAGAAGUUUAAGUUCGAGACCCUCUACCCCGACUUCGAAGCGGGCACGGCAUCCUGUGACAAGGCCAAGGCACCACCCGAGGCACUACGUCUUGGAGGUAUCCUGUCCUUCUUCUCGCAGGAUGGACUCUCCGUCGGCCUCACCUCGCUGUGGCCCAGGAUCGCGAACGCCACCCAGGCCAACCACCAAGCCUUCGCGUCCUUGCUUGGUGUGCCCUACAAGCAGGUCACUUCCGGGCACCGCCGCUGCGGUAAGAUGAGGGCGGUCGCCGAAGCUUUGAAGUGUAUCGCCCCCGGAACAUGGCUCUUCUUCAUUGACGCCGAUGCGGCCUUCAAGGCCAGCGUGACGCCGUGCGCGCCCGCUCCUUCUCUGAGCCCGAUGCACUGCGAUGCCUUGGCGUGGCAUGGAAACACGACACAGGGAAGGGGCAAGUGCCCAUCGUCCAUCAGGGCACUUGCCGCGUUUCACGGCAACGUCUUUCGCUAUUCUGGCCGGGAUCCGAGCCUCCUGAACUUGUGGCCCUUCGGCUUGUUCGCCGUCCGGCACGAUGCCUUCGGCCUUGACUGGCUGGAGAGGGUGGCCAGCCGCUUGGAGUCCGAGCUGCUGCUCUGCCGCCUGAGCUCGAUUCCGGAAAGGAAGGCCGCAUUCUGGGUCACCACGCCGGCAGACAAGUGCAAGAUUUGGCCCAAUGACCAGUGGUUCUCCUCCUACUUUCUCCACCUCACCAGCGGCACGGAGGAGAACAUCAAGGGCGACGCCGCGCGAACCGAAGCCUUCCUGGAGAUGGUUGAACGGGAAAGCCGAGCUCUCGAGGCUGCCAUGGCGAGAUGA